AAGAUUUAUUCCUCUGGGAUGGAGAAGUAUGAAAAAAUCGGGAAAAUUGGAGAAGGGUCCUAUGGAGUUGUUUUCAAAUGCAGAAACAGGGACACGGGUCAGAUCGUGGCCAUCAAGAAGUUUCUGGAAUCGGAGGACGACCCUGUCAUUAAGAAAAUCGCCCUUCGAGAGAUCCGCAUGCUCAAGCAACUCAAGCAUCCCAACCUGGUCAACCUGCUGGAGGUGUUCAGGAGAAAGCGGAGGCUCCACCUGGUGUUUGAGUACUGUGAGUGCACCGUGCUCCAUGAGCUGGACAGAUACCAAAGAGGGGUACCAGAACAUCUCGUGAAGAGUAUAACUUGGCAGACACUGCAAGCUGUAAAUUUUUGCCAUAAACACAAUUGCAUACAUAGAGAUGUGAAGCCUGAAAAUAUCCUCAUCACAAAACAUUCAGUAAUUAAACUUUGUGACUUUGGAUUUGCUCGGCUGUUGACUGGACCGAGUGACUACUACACAGACUAUGUGGCUACCAGGUGGUACCGCUCCCCGGAACUGCUGGUGGGGGACACACAGUAUGGCCCCCCAGUAGAUGUUUGGGCAAUUGGCUGUGUCUUUGCUGAGCUGCUGGCAGGAGCGCCUCUGUGGCCAGGAAAAUCAGAUGUGGACCAGCUUUACCUGAUUAGGAAAACCUUGGGGGAUCUCAUUCCUAGACACCAGCAAGUGUUUAGCAUGAAUCAGUACUUCAGCGGAGUGAACAUCCCAGACCCUGAGGACAUGGAACCCCUCGAGUUAAAAUUUCCAAACAUCUCUUAUCCUGCCCUGGGACUCUUAAAGGGCUGCCUGCACAUGGACCCUGGCGAGAGACUGACGUGUGAACAGCUGUUGCAGCACCCGUACUUUGAAAGCAUCAGAGAAGUGAGAGGGCUGACAAAAGAACAUGACAAACCAACCAGGAAGGCCCUGAGACAGAACCAAAGGCACCUGCCCGGGGUAAAGAGGAUGUCCUGCUGGACAGAAACAUCCAAGUUGCAGUACCUACCUCAGCUAACUAGCAGCAGCAUCCUUCCAGCUUUGGACAACAGGAAGUACUACGGUAACACCAAGAAACUUAACUACCGUCUCCCAAACAUUUAAGGAGUUAGGAGGUCGAUGACAAGGGAAGAACUGAUCAAUAACUUGAAGGACGUGAAACUGACCCCUUUGUCUGAAAACAGUUACAGUGCUGAAAACAUAAGCAACUGCGAGGCCACUUGCCAAGAAGUGAAGAGCAAUCCCAGAUCCAGUCCUCAUCCUUGGUGCUGGUGUCCAGAACAAAAAGGAAAGACCUGUUCGGAAUUUCACUUGUACUUUUGUUUAUCGAAGCAGCUGAGCUAUGAGUAGAAUAUACACUGCAUCUACUGCCCAUAUCUCUGGCAAAAUUAGAUAAUGUUAUAAAAAGACGCCUUAGCUGUACUCUAUGCCACAAGUGAAAAAUGGAUCACACCGUACCCAGAUGUACUUCCUUGGACCUCUGUGACCUUGAGUCCUGUCUCCUACCUUUCAGAUUGUUUCAACAUCAUCUUGAAGGACAGGUUUUAUGCAUCAAAAUUCUUAAAAUUCCUCUUCCUGCUUACUCUAUCUCUUGUUUUUUUUUUUUAUUUUAAACCACUUUUGGGGAAAUCUAAACUGUUCACCAUAUCUAAAAUCAUAUCGAUUAUGACAAAGAUUUUAUCAUAUGCCUAAUAGUUGAUGUUCACGCAUUUCUUAUGUACAUUUUUGUUUUUACCUUUAGUGAAGAAUGUGUCUUAGUCAUUUUUGCAUGCAAGACGUAUUUACUGCAAUCCGUCUACCCUCGUUCACCCAGCUCCUCUUGCAGAUGAUGGCAUGAAGCUUGGCAGCCAACCAAAGUGGUCAAGGGGUAGAACAAGACCUACAGGCUUCACCGGAACUUAAUCUGUGAGCUUGAAAAUAAUUAGGACUUAGUUCUCUCCAGCUCAGCCUCAGACAUGCAGACAGAUCUACAGGAAGAACUGCAUAUGGUCUUCUGGGUUUUAGAGGAACUGGCUGGAGACUUUUCCUUGAGUCAUGAAAGAUGUUAGGUUGUUAGCUGACAUUUUCCCUGAAACACCUUUCCAUACUACAUGUCUGUAUGUAUAUAUAAGUGUAUUUAUUUAUAUACGUGUGGGUAUAUGCUAUCUUAACAACGAAUACAACUAAUAGCAGAUGAUACGUGUUGAGGAUUCCUAGGUUUGUACAGUGAGAUUUGAAAUAAUCGUGAGUUGGUCUCCUGCUCCUAAAGAACCUUUUUUAUACUUGCCCUUUGCACAUGGGGCCAUAUGCAGCACCCGCUUCCACACAGCUCAACACCAUCUCAACACCAGGUUGUUCUCAGCCUAGCAGCUCUCAUCCAUGGUUCUCAGUGUUGUUUUAUGAUCUCCUCAGCACAUUUCUUCUGCAUUCUCACCGUCUUCCCUUGUUAAUUUUCUUUCUGACUGCACUUGACCCCAUUCAUUUACUGCUAACUUAUCUACCAAAUUCCAUCAUCUGCUCAAUAGUUUUGGCUCACCCAGCCAUAUUCUUUUUUUUUUUUUUUUUUGUCUUUUUGAGACUGGGUCUCCCUGUACAGUGCAGGCUGG